GCGCAUGCGCCCUGUGAGGCGGCGGUGCCGCCGGGAGCUGGGCCGGGACCGCAGCCCUGCCCGACCCGGCACUGCCCGACCCGGCACUGCCACCCCCGGCUCCCUCGGUUCCCCAUCUCUCCAGGAUGAGAGAGGUUUGGGUUGGGCUCUCCCCCUCUCCCUGUAGUUGAUAGUUUGGGAACCAGAGGUGAUGCUGGAGUCGAGAUGGCUGACAGUGUGAAGACCUUCCUGCAGGACCUCGUCAGGGGAAUCAAGGACUCCAUCUGGGGCAUCUGCACCAUCUCCAAGCUGGAUGCCAGGAUCCAGCAGAAAAGGGAAGAGCAGAGGAGGAGGAGAGCCAACAGUGCCCUGGCCCAGCGGAGGCUUCACAUGGAGGAGAAGAAGCAAGAGGCGGAACCCCGGAUCGUGAGCAGGAUCUUCCAGUGCUGUGCCUGGAACGGGGGCGUCUUCUGGCUGAGCCUCUUCUUGUUCUACCGUGUCUUCAUCCCCAUCCUGCAGUCGGUGACGGCGCAGAUCAUCGGUGACCCUUCCCUGCACGGGGACGUCUGGUCCUGGCUGGAGUUCAUCCUCACCUCCAUCUUCAGUGCCCUCUGGGUCCUGCCCCUCUUUGUCCUCAGCAAGGUGGUCAACGCCAUCUGGUUCCAGGACAUUGCUGAUUUGGCCUUCGAGGUGUCUGGCAGGAAACCUCACCCCUUCCCCAGCGUCAGCAAGAUCAUCGCUGACAUGUUGUUCAACCUCCUGCUGCAGGCUCUGUUCCUCAUCCAGGGGAUGAUUGUCAGCCUCUUCCCCAUCGACCUGGUUGGCCAGCUCAUCGGGCUGCUCCACAUGGCCCUGCUCUACUCCCUCUACUGCUUUGAGUACCGCUGGUUCAACAAAGGCAUCGAGAUGCACCAACGUUUGUCCAACAUCGAGAGGAACUGGCCCUACUACUUUGGCUUUGGCUUGCCUCUGGCUUUCCUCACGGCCAUGCAGUCCUCUUACAUCAUCAGUGGUUGCCUCUUUUCCAUUCUCUUCCCUCUCUUCAUCAUCAGCGCCAACGAAGCCAGGACCCCUGCCAAGACCUACCACUUCCAGCUCCGGCUCUUCUCCCUGGUGGUUUUCCUCAGCAACAGACUCUUCCACAAGACCGUGUACCUGCAGUCUGCCCUCAGCGCUGCUUCCUCUUCCUCCUCCUCCUCCUCCUCCUCCUCCUCCUCCCCCUCCCCCUCCAAGCUCCCCUCUGCUCCGGGCCACUGAGUGACCAAACCCCCCCACCCCCGGGGAGGGGACAAUGGGGACAACCCCUCCCCCUCUGUGUCCCCCUUCUCCUCCAGCCCUCCUCAGCACCGCGUUCUCCCCCGGGCCGUGAUGGAAUUUUGGGGGGGGAAAUGCGGGUUUUUAACACUUUUGUGUAUUUGGGGGGGGGGGGGGGGCGUGUCCUGCUGCGGGCAAACACGGCGUGUGUGUGCGUGGUGUGCGUGGGUGUGUGUGCGUGUGUCCCACCGUGCAUGUUUCUGUAGGGUGCUGGGGGGAGGCACUUGAUGACGUUGACACCGCUUCCCCCGCCCCCCGGGCGUACUUUUGGGCCGGUUUCUCGACUUUUCUCUAGUAUUUUCACACGGAACAUUAAAGGGAGGAGUGACGGUUCGCA